CACGUGACCGCUCCCCACGUGACCGGCGCGCGUUUCCUCCUGCGGUGGCGGCGGUCUGGUCAUGGCGGCGGGCGAGGUGGCGGACGCGGGCUCGGCUGAGCAGUUCGAGCAGUUGCUACAGCAGAAAGACGGGUCCCUUGUAGUUGUCCACUUCUGGGCACCAUGGGCUCCUCAGUGUGCUCAGAUGAAUGAGGUUAUGGCGGCACUGGCAAAGGAACACACACAGGUUACAUUUGUCAAACUGGAAGCUGAAGCUGUGCCUGAAGUAUCUGAAAAAUACGGAAUUAGUUCUGUUCCAACGUUCUUAUUCUUUAAGAAUUCGCAGAAAGUUGACAGAUUAGACGGUGCACAUGCCCCAGAGCUGACCAAGAAAGUACAGCGCCAUGUGUCCAGCAGUUCCAUUUCAGCUGGCACUAAUGAUAGUGCAAAAGAAGAUCUUAAUGUGCGUCUAAAGAAACUCAUAAAUGCUGCCCCUUGCAUGCUGUUUAUGAAAGGAUCUCCAAAAGAACCUCGCUGUGGUUUCAGCAAACAAAUAGUGGAAAUACUGAACAAACAUGGUAUUUCAUUUAGCAGUUUUGAUAUUUUUUCUGAUGAAGAGGUACGUCAGGGGCUGAAAACAUACUCUAAUUGGCCAACUUAUCCACAGUUCUAUGUAGCUGGAGAGCUUAUCGGCGGACUUGAUAUUGUCAAGGAACUUGAGGCAUCUGGAGAACUGGACACGAUCUGUCCAAAGGCACAGAAGUUGGAAGACAGGCUUAAAGCCUUGAUAAACAAAGCUCCUGUGAUGCUUUUUAUGAAGGGAAGCAAACAGGUGGCAAAAUGCGGAUUCAGCAAGCAAAUUAUAGAAAUAAUGAACAAUACUGGCAUUGAUUAUGAGACAUUCGACAUACUGGAAGAUGAAGAGGUGCGGCAAGGAUUAAAGAAGUAUUCAAACUGGCCAACGUAUCCUCAAUUGUAUGUGAAAGGUGAACUCGUUGGAGGGCUGGAUAUUAUCAAGGAACUAAAGGAAAAUGGUGAAUUAUUGCCUGUUCUGAAGGGUGAAAAUUAAUGGAAGAGGACAUCAAUGGGAACAGAAAUACUUUUGAACAAUUCAUUUGUAGAUUAUAUUGGAGCAAUAUACAACUUACCCUUGUGGAACUGACCAGGUGUAAAUAAAGACAGCUUAUGUACUCUGUGUAUUUCACAAGACCCUGCUACAUGUGAAAAUAUGUUUCCACUAAAGAUACAAAAAUGUCAACAUCCUCAAAUUAAAAUGUAAUACUCAUGGACUUUG